AUGUCUAUUCGCAUAACUGAAGUGGUCUUAGAGUCAUGUCAGUCUUGUGGGCGGAAAUUUAAUCCACAAACACUGGUAAAACACCAAAAAAUAUGUUUAAAACUUUCAAGUAAAAAACGUAAAGUUUUUGAUUCCACAAAGCAAAGAGCGGAAGCUUUGGAAAUGACUGUCAACCAGGUGAAACAAGCGGUCAGCAAGCAAAUUUCUGUUCCCAAAGUAAAUUGGAGAUCCCAACAUGAAGACUUCUUGAAUUCUAUCCGUAAUGCGAAGAAAGUAUCCCAAGCCAUUGCUGAAGGCAAGCCACUCCCGCCUCCACCUGCACCUGUAGUCAAUCCAAAUUAUAUUCAAUGUGAGUACUGUGAACGCCGAUUCAAUCCAACUGCUGCAGAUCGGCACAUAAAGUUUUGCAAAGAACAGCAUUUGCGAAUGAGUAGGAAAGUAGGAAACAAAGCUGCCAACAAACCGAAGCCAAAACCUCAAUAUGAGCCACCCAAGCCAAGAGUUAAAACAGAAUCUUCUUCAGCUCCUCCUCGACCAACCCAUAAUUUAAAUGCAGCUGCUGCUGCUGCUCCUUCUCGGUCUGGUAACCUUCAAGAACGUUCAGGAUUACGUCGUCCAGGGUUCACAUCUCGUCUACCCUCUGCCCCAAGUAACAAUUCUGCUCAUUUAACCCGCAAACUUGGUAAAGAUACACAAAAACAGGGUUAUGAUGAACAGGACACAAAUGUCAGCAAUGGAGUAAAUUACACAGGGACAGGACCAGCUCUUCGUACCGGCCGUGGAGGUAAAUCAUAUCCUGAUGUCAAAUCAGUAAACAGUCAAAACAGAAUUGUGGGUGGCCUGUCAAUGGGACGAGGGACUGGAGGCCAUAUUAAUAAGACGGUCCCCAAUUCUUUAAGCAAAAAUGCUGCUAACCGUUAUGGAACAACUCAAGAAGCAGAAUCAGGCUAUCACAGCGGCAGUUCAGAGAUUGAAUUGCGACAAUUCUGCCAUAGUUGCAAUACCAAAUACCCAGUGGUUGAGGCGAAAUUCUGCUGCGAAUGUGGGGUGAAACGACUCCUUGUUAGAUAA